UAAGUUGUCCGGAAAGGCAGUAUAUAAAUCAAAUAUUAUUAUUAUUAGAACCACCUGAAGCAGGGCCUCCAAAGAUUACUGUUGCAGUCAAGUAGGUUCAUAAUGGAGUAAGUCAGUCCUUUGGGUAUAGUUACCAGAAUAUGAUCUUCCUCUCUGCCAGUUAGCAGGGAAAUUGUAAAGGUGGCCAAUGUUGCAAUCCUCAUAUUGUGGAUGGGAGAGAAAUCGAAUGGUUUGGACCCUCAUGGAUUAUUUCUUGUAAAGGUUUUUCCCUCGCCACAAGAGGCUUAGGAAAUAAUCUCCAGUAGCAAAAUGCUUCUACAGGAUCCAGCACAAUGUAUGUUGCAUAAUAUGCCAAGUGGGCUUGGAGCUGAGGCAAGAUUUGAACUGGGGCAGCCUGGGUACCAUCUCUUACGAACAAGAAUUCCCCCAGAGCUAAGCAAUGGGCAGGCCCAGGAAAACCGCGGACAGCGUGUCCUCCCCACGGCCUGCUGCUACAGCCCCAAAAGCUGCCCCGUCAGCUCCUCGAUCUUCAGCUUCAUCCAAAAUGACAGCUGGUGGCGGCAGAGCUUCAAGUGCUCCGGCAGCGAAGACUGAAGGUAGCAGACGAGGACAGGGAGAAAAGCUAACCUCUGCCUCAAGCUCCAGUGGAACAGGGCAAAGUUACCAAACUAGGUCCACAGCUGCGCACAGCAGCAGCCAAGGAGAUGCGAAGAGCAGCCGUGGAGCCAGAGCUAAGACCUCCACUGCCUCUGGAGGAGGAAAAUCACAUGCGGUGGCCGCCGAGAUCUCAGACAGCGCUGCACGCCCAUCACAGGCUGCAACCAAGAAGCAAGGCAGAACAAAUGAUUUUUCUCCUCCUCUAGAUGUGGCUGAAAUCGAGAGCAAGACACGGGGUCAGCGAACAAACCCCGAAUGGUACAAAUGGAGGGAAAACCGCAUCACGGCUUCGGUGGCCCCCAAAAUUGCCAACAGCAAGUUUGUGAAUGGGCGGAGCUCUGAGGUGCCACAGUCCUAUUUGAAAGCUGUAGUGGACUCGGGCUCCUCUGUCAUGACCCCAGCCAUGUCUUGGGGUGUCCGGAAUGAGAAGAAAGCCGUACAAGCAUACGAAGCGCUCAAGUCGACCAAGACUAAGUCGGUGACGGUUGACAACUGCGGGAUCUUCAUUGACAAGGAUAAGUCGUGGCUUGCCGCCAGCCCUGAUGGGAUUGUCAGAGAAGCAAAAACCGGUAAACCGCUAAGCGUUUUGGAAGUCAAGUGUCCAUAUAAACACAGAGAUAAGACAGUGACAGAUGCCUGCAAAGACAAAGACUUCUGCCUGAAGAAGGAGGGUGAGUCCUACUCGUUGAAGAAAAACCACCCCUAUUACACACAGGUGCAGUGCCAGAUGGGCGUGACUGGCCUCAAGAAGGCAGAUUUUGUUGUUCACACCAACAAAGAGACGGCCAUUGCCCCGGUGGAUUUUGAUCCUGUUUUCUGGGACUCCACUGUGCCCAAACUGGAGAAGUUCUACACUGAUGCUGUGGUCCCACACCUGGAACAGAAGCAAAAUGUCGCUGCUUGGGCUAAAGAAGAGUAAAGCUGCAGAGAUGUCCAAGCUUCUGCAGUCCCUGAGAGAUGUGCCUUCCACCAGUAACUUUACACGGUCUUCUGGUUUUUCAACCCAACUGCAGAAAAAAUGGUUAGUUGCAAAUGGUGACUGAAUUCCUGCUAUAUCCUACUUUUGCCUGAAUACCAGCACAGCUACAGUAGAUACGUCCUUCCUUUUGGACUUCUAGGCAAAGCAAGCAAUACUUCUAGUUCUAGAUCUGGGCGGAGGUUUUGAGGUUGCCACAGUGACUCCUCCCUGUUGCAAAAGAUGAUGUUGACCCCAGCCAGAUUUUCCUCACUUCUGGAAACAGGUUGGCGGGCAGGGGUACGAUUGCUACUCUUCUGUUUGCCAAAGGUCAUUGCACAACCAGCUUUCAUCGAUAAUGCUAAUCAUUCUUGAGACGUAUGCAGAUGAUGGUUCUUUUCUGAGAAAUGCGUCUCCUUAAUCUACAGUUCUUGUGGUGAGAAACUCUGGGCCGAAGUGGAUGAAUGACUGGAUAACCAAGAGCCGGAGAACGGGAAGAUCUGAUUCAAAUCUGCAGUGCGACUGAAUUGUGUGGCCCUCAUACCUAAGUAAGCAUGCAGAGGGACUAGGCUGCUGAUGUCAUCCACAAUAUUUGUCCUGUUGCUCUGCAGAGAACAAAAUGAGGUGUUUCCUGUUCUUGCACCUUUAAAGAUAUAUUUUUUUUGUGCUGUUCUCAAUUGAGUUACUGUUUCAGUACAAGAGAGUCUGUAUCUCAGCUAUUGAUGCCGUUUUCCUACAUAUCCUCUUACAUGAUGUUUCAUUUAUAUUUUGAAAGUCAACUUUGAGAAUUGCUACUUUAUUUAGAAUAGUUUAGUUUACUAUCAAACAUUUGUAAGAGGGCAGAGCCAGCCAGAUUGUAUGCUGUGUUUUGGUUUGGCUGUGAGUACUGUUAUGCAAAAGAGUAAAAUAAAAAAAAAAUUCACC